AUGUCGACAGCAUCUCCUGAGAAUCAAAUUCAUUUGUCAGAAGGACUUAUACAUAAAUCGGGCCCAACAAGCCCACCAGAGCUCGCACAGAUGACAAAUGUUGCCAAUGUCCUCGAUCUGCAUAAAGAUUUCGAGACGAAAAUUUAUGAUAAAAACACAAACACAGUUUACGUUUACAGCAAUGCAUCCAAGAUGGAUGAAACUACUGCUGCUGCAUCAUCGACAUCGCCUGAGCUCCAUCAAGUAGUCAUCAAUCAACCUCCAUCAGAUUUAUCGAUGGAUAAUGGCCUCAAGAACGCCAAUGAGUCAUUUGAAUUGAUGCAAGAAAACGGCGUCAUGUUGCAACGAAUUGUCAAUGAUCAUCUCGUCGAGGGACGUUUAGUACAAACGGUCUCUGAUGGACGAGGCGGAGAACAGCAGAUACUCACCAAAAUCAAUCCCGGCGAUGAUUCACUUUUUCGUCUCAUCGAGAGUAAUCAACUCGUUUCAAAGUUGGUUGGUGAAAAUCAGCAAAUCAUUAGCCGUGACAUCAUCAAUGGCGAACAUCAUAUCAUCACACGAAACGAGAAUGGCGAACACAUUUUAACGCGUAUUGUAAACACUGGCAGUAUGGAUCAUGGGAAGAUGAAUGGUGAACUGUUUAAUGCUACUCUUGGUUCACUGCCCACAAAAGGCGAUGAUCCCAAAUCUCAACAGACGCAAAUCAUUUACACAUCACAAUCACAUGAAACAAACGGCGGUGUCAUCAAAAGUCAUCCGCAGCCAUAUGACAAUCUCAACCCAGACGUACAAAAACAAAUAGAUUUAAUUUAUGAGGAUGGUAAUAAGACCGUUAUUUAUACGGCAGCCGGUAACGCCAUCGCAUCAAAUCCCGAGUCACCAUCUGAUGGUGAACCAAAGGGAUUGGAAUUGUAUUCUAGUGGCGAAUGUCUUAAUGGAACGCAAGUGAUCGUUCAAGGAAAUCUCCAGUACACACCACAAAUUCAACCUGACGGCUCGACCGUUUAUGUCGUGUCUGAGUUAGUUAGUGGUGACUUAAAUGGACAAGGGUGA